UUAUAUAAUAUAUAUUAUAUAGGGAUACAUGAAAUGCCAACAGUAGCAUCGGAGUUGCGCUUACUGCGGCCUUCAACAAGAUGUGCUACAAUCACAUCACGACCGGCUGAUUACAAGAGUACCGGGGGAGGUAGUGCUCUUUCAGGUGGCACCCACCACACCCCAAAACUAGCUCAAAAUGUUGCUAACGCAUUUCUAACGAGUCUAGGAGACUUUGACGAUGCCGAAAGCCCUCUACCAGAAAAAAAGCUCUCAGGAGAUGAGCUUAUUUUUAAGCUCAAAGAGAAGAUUAGGACCCAUUACCCUGAAAUCAAGCAGGCGUUCCAUUCGUUUGAUAGCGAUCGAAGCAGUUUUGUUAGAUUGGAGGAUUUCCGUAAAGUUGUUGAAAACUUUGUUUUUCCCCUGACGAGAUCCCAAUUUGACGAGCUGAUCAAAAAGAUAGACGGAAUUUCCAACCAGAGACUGAACUACAAUCAGUUUAUGUUUAAGAUAAAGAAGGGUGGUUUGACGCGGGAAACACCGACAAUGGGCAGAGUUACACCGGCCAAUAAUACUCUCGAUAACGUUGUUUCUAAACUUCAACAAAAGUUGCAAGAGAAUGGCCCAAAGAUAAGUAAAGCUAUGCGAAUGUUCGAUAUCAAAUUGGAUGGCAAGAUUAAAAGACCUGAUAUGAAACGAGUUAUCGAGAACUUUGCUUUCCACAUCACUAAAGAGCAAUUCGAAAAGCUGUGUACCCACUACGAGGUACCACAAGGAUCCUGUGACUACAUGUCUUUUUUAAGAUCAGUUGUAGCAACCCAGCUCCCCAUUAAGUCUUCAUCUUCUACUCCCACCCGAUCUUUGGUGAUUUAUGAAGAGGGGGAUGCGGAGAAACAGGCCGAGGAGGAGCCUGCCGAGGAACUGUGGUGUGAAACUGUACCGCUCGUUGAAGUUGAAAUCAAACUUAGGAACAAGAUAAAGCACAAGAUACAGCUGCUGUUCAGAACGUUUAAAUCUAUGGAUACGCACGGAGAAGGCUACAUAACAAUUGAACAACUCCGCAGGGCUCUUAACAAAUUCGCUUUCCCAAUGAAUGACCAAGUUUUUAAAGCACUAAUGGAAAGGAUGGAUGUAAAGGCAAAGCACAAGCUUAGAUACGAAGUUUUCCUACACAAAAUGCAGGAUAGAAGAGUAGGUGGUUACGGACAAACCCUCGUCAUAAAACCGAAUCAUAGGUUUCAUCCAGUAGUAGAAAGCACUGAAGAGGUGAGCUUGGAUACUCUCCUGGAGAAAUUGAAAACUAAGAUAAUCAGUGGAUAUAGUUCCGUUAGACAAGCUUUCCUUGUGUUUGACGAGAAUAGAAGCGGAAAGAUUUCGAGAAAAGAUUUUAAAAACGUGAUAGAUGGUUUCUGUUUUCGAAUGACGGAAUCGCAGUUCGCCAAAUUGAUGACAAUUCUCGAUCCUGGAAGCAAAGGGUCGGUCUCGUAUCUCAACUUCUUCAAACUUUUCGAGGACUCAGAAUCCAGUGCAGCUCACAAGUGGCUGAAUUCAGUGCAUCGUACAAACCCACAUAAGACUCCUAAACACUUGGGAGACUCUGAAUUCGAGAAACUGCUUGCCAAGAAAAUAACGGACGAGAGCAAGAUGGUAGCACUGGCAUUUCAGCAAUACGACAAAGAUAACACUGGUACUGUUAGCAAAAACCAGCUGAAAAAGUUUUUGGAGAGAUUCAAUAUUCCUUUCUCCCAGGCGCAGUUUGACAAAUUAGCCGAUCGGUGUGCCCUAAAUUCUGACGAUACAAUAAUGUUUUACGACUUCAUGAAAGUGUUAGGUGCAGAUAUAGUUGGAGGUGACCGCGGCUUGAGUCACAAAAUUGCAGAAGAAACUGUUGCCUCGGAAUUUGAGAGGAUGCAAAAGCAUAGAGAAAAGUUGGAGGUUGUAGCACAGCGUGCGUUGGAUCACACCAAAUCACAGAGUACUGGUGAGAUAUUGGGGCAGCUUCAGGAUUACCUACAUCAGCGUGCAAGCGAUAUGCGCAAACUGUUCGUAAGAUAUGACGAAAACGGAUCGGGACGCAUCACGCGAGCUCAUUUCAAGAAGUUUUUGUUAAAAGCUGGGUUCGUCAUGGAUGAUGUUCAGUUUAAAGAGUUGUGCACAGUGAUCAAAGUCGGUAAGUCCUUAUCCUAUCAGGACUUCCUAGAUCAUUUCCAACGUAUGAACAAUGACGAAUAUGGCGAGAAAAUGAGGACAUCAUGGGCACCAAAGAUCAUUCCGGGGGCACCAGUUGAAGGUUUGUCUUGUGAAGAAGGGAUGAAAUUGUUUAACUCCAAGAUCCAGAACAGUUACAGAAACUUAAGGGCUGCGUUCCACGCCAUGGACAGAGACAGUGACGGGCUGGUCAACAGGACGGACUUGGUUUCUUUGCUGACAAAGCUUCUGAUCCCUAUGAAGAGAGAAGAUAUCAAUGAUAUGUGGGCUAAGAUAUCUGACGGAAAGAAGAGAGUGAACGUACAACAGUUUGUGACAGUGUUCGAGGAAACAGAGGAUGUAGCUAACCACAAGUGGCUUGUAUCAGUGCACAGGUCUAACGACAUUAUACUUCCUGAUAGAAUGACUGGAGAAGCGGUUCUCAAAACCUUUCGAAUGAAGGCCCUUGAUCAAUAUUAUUCUCUCAGUAAGUGUUUCAUGUCGCUGGAUAAGGAUGGGAAAGGAAAACUCAGCAAGAAGAAAUUAAAACAAGCUCUACACGACUUCUGUAUUCCGAUCAGUAACGAAGAAUUCCAGAAACUUUGGCUCCAUUUCGAUGAUGAUCGCACUGGAUUCAUAGACCACGAGCAAUUUGUCCGAAGAGCUGCCGACGACUUCAACCCGGGAGAUAACGCUGGCACUAGCACAAACAUAGUGACAAACAGCCAGGAUGCAGCCACUGACUUUAACACCGGACAGCUUUGUAGACGAGAGGACCUCCUUCUUAAUCAGAUAAACACGCUACAGUGCAUGAGUAAUGAUGACUUGGAAAAUAAAUUCAGGCUCAACAUGCAUGAGCAUUACCCUAGCUUGAGAUCGGCGUUCAAGGCUGCCGAUCGUGAAAAUCUGGGCUACCUCCGUAAAAUGGAUCUGAGGCGAAUUCUGUUUGACUUUAACUUUCUGGUCGACGACGAUCAGUUUGAAUUUAUUAUAAAACGCUGUGGUAUGGACAAAAAGUCUAGGAUGAGCUACGAAAAGUUCCUCAACUUCUUCGAAAGUGCCCAAUCUACUCCACCAGGCAUUGACAACUUCGAUGCAGUCGAAAACAGGAUUGCUCCACAUAUUUCUUCCUACCCGGAUAUCAGUCCGACCGAAGCGGAAGUCCGAAUGAGAUACUGUAUCUCUGAGAUAAAGGAUGUGUUGUUGCAAGCGUUCGGAGCGGUGGACCUCCUGGAGUAUGCGAGUGUGGGGGCGGAUGUUGUGAGACGAGUUUUGGAUAACUUCUGUUUCAUCAUGACUAACAAACAGUUUAAUUAUUUCUCGAAAAAGUUCCCUUAUGUUUCUGAUGGAAGUGUGGAUUACAAGCAAUUUUUGGAUCACUUCUCUGUGAUCGAUACUGAAGAGUGCCCUAUUGAUAUUGAUCGUCUGAAAAAGGACAGUAAAGCCUGGUUGGAAGCAGUGCUGGGGCCACAUAAUGGAGCUAGAACCCCCAGCUCUCGACUCCUCAACACCCCCAGUCGCAUACGUCGCGCUUCUUCUUGUUCCAACCUGUUAACUACUCCAAAACGCCUCUCGACUGCUCCCUUUGUUUCGGCUGAACAUGUCGAACAGAACAUACACGGUGCAAUCACUGACAACUGGAUGGAACUCCACAAAUACUUUAAAUCUCAGUCAUCUAAUCAUACUUCUGUACCAACUGCUGUCUUUAAAGAUUGUCUAAGUCGGAUAGGGAUCCAGCUUAGUUCUGGAGAUUUGGACAAGCUCUGUAAAAAGUACGAUGUACACGGGGACAACAGUAUAAACUACUCUGCUUUCUUGAAACGUUUCAGUGCUCUCGGCCGAGUCAGCUCCAGAAAUAGCUCCAGAAACUCCCAUAUGUCUCUCCGUUCCGGUCGAAUCAGUAACUUUAGUUACAACUUGUCCCGAGCUGCAUCCUGCACCAGCCUAGACUCCAGACCUGACUCAGCACAGUCCGUGUCCAGGUCUCUGGUCAGUCAGGCGAGUAUAAGGAGAUCUACCACCAACCUCGGGGACCUCACACCCGGCCCGGGAAUUGAGCCUCCGGAAUACGUCAUCUCCAACAUUGCCUCUCAUGUUGUGAGGAACUGGAAACAACUCAGAAAGGAAUUUAAGAGUUACGAUACCAGAUCUAAAGGUUGGAUUUCAACUCAAGAUUUUAGAAGCGCAAUGCGAAGUAACCACGUAGACAUAUCAGAAUCAGAUUUUAGCGAUCUCAUUCACUUUUACGAUUCGCAAUCAGCCGGAAAAGUUUAUUACAACGACUUUUUGAGAGCGUUCUUAUCGAUGACGACUGUGGACUAGAAUCAGAAUUUAGCGAAUUUGCUGUGCAGAUGAGAUGUAUCAAGGUUCAUGUCGAGUGGAACAGCCCACAAGUUCCUGUACGACAGUAAUCACCUAAAUAUAUUCCUUUUAGUCUCAAUUAAAUCAAUCACGAUGCGGAAAUAACAACAAAGAUUAAGCUUCUUAUGAUUGAAUAAUAUAAUUAUAUUUCAAGAUUGAUAAUUACAAAAUGUAAUGUGAUGGCUGACUUUUGGUAGGUCAGAUUAAGAGAAUUCGCGGUUGGAAAUACUUAUAGAGAGACUUAUUGAUCUCUGAUUUGAAUUACAGCAUGCUUCUGUGAUCAGCUUUGUGUGUAAAAAAACUUUAUAAAAAACAAUAAGUUAAAUAGAAUAAGGACCGUUCAUAUAUUACGUCUGCAAAAUGUUGCUAAUUGUGAAGAAAAAGGUACAUUAGCGUCAGCAUUUCGGCCAAUUUCCAAUCUCUUCAUGGACGCUGAUGUAUUAUUUUGUCCUCUUCGUGAAGGGGUUUGGGGUUAUUUUAGGAGUCCUAGUUUGUACGGCGCCGCCGUAUAGUCUUAGUCUUACGCCGUAGAAGUAGAGUCCCGGUUAUGUUACGAUGUAUGCCACUUAGUACCUUGUACAUUAAGUGAGCAGUUUUAUAAUGAUUUAAAAGUCUUUUAGAGUUUUAAUUUUUAAUGCUUUAUAGUUUUUUGUUCAGUUUGUAAUAGAUUAGUAAAUAAUAAAUAUGAGUGUUUUCAAGGGGUGGUUUUGUAAAAUAUUUUCAUUUUAAAGAGUGUGAUUUCCGAUGUUCUGUUAGAGUACUCAGAUAUUAUCUGAAUUUA